CAAAUGUAAACGACGUCAAUUAUGCUUUCCGUUCCUUGAAAUAUACUAAAUAUAGUACAUGAGUUGGGUAUAAAAGAAUGACUUAUUUGUAGCAUUCAAUGGUUUACAAACGGACAUUCCAUAAAGAAAUUCACAUUUUUCAGAUAUAUAUUCAGUAAUCAAACCUUUGCAUACACGAGUAGCUGUAUGUAAUAUUAACACUUUUCGCCUGAGACACAAAAAGAAUUAUGAGAAAAGUUCAAAGAGGCCUUCUGAUUUCUCUUGUCUUGAAAAUAAUUAUUACAGCGAAGUGGUAGUAAGGUAUCAGAUAACAUUCUUUGAUCGAUAGGUGCGUUGGGAAUUAUAUAAAAUACCGUUAAAUAUUUAUAUACUUAGCAAUAACCAAACCUUUUUUUUUUAAAAAAAAAGGCAUUAAGCUAUAGUCUCGUUCUUUUUAGACGCAAUUAUACUAAUAUUUGUUUAUUUCUUUGUAUACCAAGCUUUCCAAUCGCACCCCGUUUCAGGUCCUGAAGAUGUCAAAUAGUACUGACUCAAAUGUAAAUUACUUUAACGCCGAAAAGGCCCAUGAGUAUGACAACCCCACUACAUUGGCGGUGACAAAAAUUAUAAGCCAAAAGAUUUUGCAACUCUCACUACAAUCAUCAGACUCGGUUGUUGAUUUGGAUCAAGCCUCCUCUUAUGAACAAUUCACUCAAGAUUCAGUAGAUAUUAACGAACAAUUUACUCAUGUUGAUAAAUUUUGGGAAUCUAAAUCCAUUCGUUUGCUUGAUUUUGCAUGCGGAACCGGCUUGAUUAGUGAACAUUUGGCACCUUACUGUGAUAGCAUUCUUGGCCUCGAUAUUUCUCCAGCAAUGGUCGAUAAGUUUAAUCAUAAGUUUCAGAUCUUAAAUGCCAAGGAAAAGGCUCAUGCUGAAAACGUAGAUCUGAGAUUAGGGACAGAACCCAACGAUCAAAUUGCUGGAAAGUAUGAUGCUGCUGUUUGUUCUAUGGCGUACCAUCAUAUACAAGACGUCGAAUCCAUCACUAAGAAGCUAAAAGAUUGUUUGAAACCUUCAGGCCGUCUUUACGUAACUGAUUUUCUGAAGGGUGCUGGAAGUUUUCACGAAAAUAUGUCAGCGGAUUUUCAUGCAAGCCAUGGUAUCAGUCAUCCAAACGGGUUUACUAGGCGACAAUAUGCCGAACUACUUGAAAAAGCAGGUCUUAAAAAUGUUGUUGUUUCUGAUGGAUUUCAAAUUAAAAUAUGGGUUGAUGAAGCUAAGUGUCAAAGGUCUAGUGCUAAUCCAACUCCUGAAGUAAAGCAGCUAACUAAAGAUAAGGCUUUGUAUGCUGUUAAAAUAGGCUUAGUUGUCGCUUCAGGUCAAAAGAUAUAGCAACACGGAUUCAUGAUUUGCCUUUUGAAAAAUCGUUAUCACGACCGUAAUGAAAAUUGUAUUCUUUUGUCUACUAGCCGCUGGUGUUAUUAAAUUGCGUGUAUUUUAAGUCUCGACUAUGUUAUUUAAGCUCCCUAUGUGAGACGUU